GGCUCCACCAGGCCAUUAUUUCCUUUGCAGAGGUAUGGGGAAGCUCCUGGUAUGGAAGAGAGACAAGGAAGUCGGUCCUUGCUAUCCAUACCGCCCUUUGUGAAGGAACUGCACGUAGAGAUUGUCUCCUCACCAGCCUACAGCACCAGAGGAGUCUAUGACAGUAUUCUCCACCAACACUUCCAAACUCCCAGGUUGGUCCAGGCGGGUGAUAUCCUGUGUAUUCCGACAGCUGGACAUCCUGAGUUCUUGGAAGGAAAUUCAGAGAAAUUUCUUAGCUGGCCGGAGCUGUACUUCAAGGUGAAGAAGAUUGUAGGCGUGGUGGAAGGAGAGCAGUCUGUGGGGUACCUGGCUGACAUCCAGAACACGUCGCUGUACCUGGUGGGUUCAACAAACAGCGCUGUGCCAUCUUCCCCAAGCCGUGGUGGCCAUGGGUUUUGGAGCAGUCUGUCUCCCGCCGGGCUCUCUGAUGUGGUGAAGCAGCUCUGUGAUGCUCUCCGGCCUCAUCUGAACAGCAGGGGGACCGCGCUACGUGGAACAGGCAGCAUUCUACUGGCGGGACCCAGUGGUGGGGGGAAACUGACGGCUGUCAGAGCAGCAUGUAGCUGCCUCAAUCUCCACUUGUUCAAGGUGGACUGCGUUAGUUUGUGUGGCGACACUAGUGGAGCUACGGAGAUGAAGCUGCAAUCUGCCUUUGCGCAGGCUGAGCUCUUCCGGCCGUGUGUGCUCCUGCUGAAGGACAUCGAGCUGCUGGGACGAGACCGGGACGGGCUGGGAGAGGACUCCAGAGUCACUGCUACACUAAGGCACCUCCUCCUGGACAGAGAUACGGGAUCUAGCGGUUACCCUGUUCUGGUGGUUGCCACCACGUGCCGGCCUCAGGACGUCCUGGCAGACGUGCAGACAGCUUUCCUCCACGAGGUGACGGUCCAGGCCCCGUCAGAAGAGCAGCGGAAGGCCAUGCUGAGCACGCUCACUGCCAGCCUUCCAUUGGGCAAGGAAGUGAGCCUGGCCAAACUAGCGCGGAGAAGUGCGGGGUUUGUGCUGGGAGAUUUCUGCGCUUUGCUGGCCCAAGGCGGCCGGGCAGCUUGCACCAGGAUCUUAACCUCAAGUUUCCCAGGGGGGCUGAGUGAGGACGAGGAGAGAGAUUUUUGUGCUGCUGGGUUCCCUGUUCUCGCGGAGGAUUUGAAUGUUGCGUUGGAUCAGCUGCAUGAGACUCAUUCGCAGGCAGUUGGAGCCCCAAAGAUCCCCGCGGUCACCUGGCAGGAUAUCGGUGGGCUCCAGGAGGCGAAGAAGGACAUCCUGGACACCAUCCAGCUGCCUCUGGAGCACCCGGAGCUGCUGUCCGUGGGGCUGCGCCGCUCUGGCCUUCUGCUCUACGGGCCUCCUGGGACAGGAAAGACCUUGCUUGCCAAAGCUGUGGCCACUGAGUGCACCAUGACUUUCCUCAGUGUGAAAGGGCCGGAGCUCAUUAACAUGUACGUGGGGCAGAGUGAAGGGAAUGUGCGUGAAGUGUUUGCCAGAGCCCGGGCAGCUGCCCCCUGCAUUAUCUUCUUUGAUGAACUGGAUUCCUUGGCACCCAACCGGGGACGGAGCGGAGACUCAGGCGGAGUUAUGGACAGAGUUGUCUCCCAGCUGCUAGCAGAGCUUGAUGGACUUCAUUCCACCAGAGACGUAUUUGUGAUCGGCGCCACCAACAGACCUGACCUCCUGGACCCAGCACUGCUCCGGCCCGGCAGGUUUGACAAGCUGGUCUAUGUCGGCAUGAAUGAGGACCGUGAGUCUCAGCUGCGAGUGCUGAGCGCCAUCACCAGGAAGUUCAAACUGGACCCUUCAGUGCGUCUCAACAGUGUCCUGGAUCAGUGCCCUGCACAGCUGACGGGAGCAGAUCUGUACGCGCUCUGCGCAGACGCCAUGCUGUGUGCGGUCAAACGGAAGGUGGAUUGGAUUGAGGAAGGGCUGGACACGGAGAGUUCCGCUCUAGUUCUGACCAUGGAGGAUUUUGGACAAGCUGCCACAAGGCUGCAGCCGUCGGUUUCGGAGCAGGAGCUGCUCACAUACAGAGUGAUCCAGCGGAAGUUUGCUGCCUGCUAGCCUGCAGUGAGAAGGGAAGGGAAGGAGCACGCACAGCCCUAACACGGAGAAGGCCAAGAGGAUUCGGGACAGGCGUGUGGGCUGGUGAAGUGGAGAGAUGGAGGCGUCCUCACCUGCUGACUCCUGGCCAACCCUGGACGUGGUGCACAUUUAGCCAUGGAUCUGAGGCUGUCGGCAGCACAGCUGGGGUUCAUGCUGCUCCUCCUCUGUCCCAGUCCCCCUCCUCCAACCUCUCAGCCUGGCCCUUACCCCCACAGCCAUCAUCCCGCCCUGUAAUCUGGGGUGUGAGGAAGGGGCUUUGAGCUGAGUUGUGGAUCUCAAGGGAAAGGAGUGCGACCAAAGCCCCUGUGAGCCCCUGCACUAGUCAUGGAUUGUCCCAUGACCCCGUGCCUUCCCCCUGGCGUAGGCAAAGAUCCUGAGCUCGGGGGUGGAUUGUCUCCCAGGAGUGAAAAAUCCUCCCCUCUCCCACAGCCUCCCUGGGAUGUGAGGGAAUUAGCUGACGCCUUCUGCUCAGGAUCAGCGGGAGGGGGAUUCACACUCACACCUCCUCUCCCCUGUUACAGGGCCAGCAUAAAACCUGGCACCACUGACGGGUGGUCUCGUGCUGGCCCUCGGCAUGGAGGGGAAUCUCAUCCCGAAUGAGAGAGAACUUCCUUGUGGAGCUUUAGUCACCGGUAGGUGGGAGGGUCCCCUGCUGCUUUCCCUGCUGGCACAUGCACUACAGGCAGGGAUGGUGCUUCCGAUCACUCAGGCAGCCACGAACAAGACAGGAGGGGGAGCCAGAGCGGCAGGGAGGAAGCGUGGGUUCCCGAGCAGCUUCCCAAGAAGCGUGGGUCCCCUGAGAUGUUUUUGCAGGGUUUCUCAACCCCCCUGGCCAGCUCCCAGCACACAGGCCUGGGCACUACACAGGGCAGCGGCACGGAGCACCUGCCUUGUGUGAGGACACUGCUGGCUGCACAGGCAGUGGGCAGGGGCAUACACUGCACUGGCUGUAAAUACUGUACACGGGCUUUCUAAAUAAAGGGGGAGUUCCUGGUCUAGUU